AUGUCAAUUGUGAGUCUCUUGGGGGUGAAGGUGGUCAACAACCCUGCCAAGUUCACCGAUCCGUACGAAUUCGAGAUCACGUUUGAGUGCUUGGAGCCCCUGAAGCACGAUCUGGAGUGGAAGCUGACAUAUGUGGGGUCAUCGCGGUCGCUGGAGCAUGACCAGGAGUUGGACUCGAUCCUGGUGGGGCCGAUCCCGGUGGGUGUGAACAAGUUUUUGUUCACGGCGGAUCCGCCGUCUGCGGAGCUGAUUCCCGCGAGCGAGCUGGUGAGCGUCACGGUGAUCCUAUUGUCGUGCUCGUACGACGGGCGCGAGUUCGUGAGGGUGGGGUACUAUGUGAACAACGAGUACGACACAGAGGAGCUGCGCAACGAUCCUCCGCAGAAGGUGCAGGUGGACCACGUUGUGCGGAACAUCCUGGCCGAGAAACCACGUGUCACGCGGUUCAACAUUGUAUGGGAUAACGAGGCCGAGGACGAGUACCCUCCGGAGCAGCCGGGCGUUGACGACGAGGAGGUGGACGACGAGGACGAGGACGAGGACGAGGACGAGGAGGGCGCGGACGAGGAGGGCGCGGACGAGGAGGGCGCCAGCGACGGCCCCGACGCCAAGAAGCGCAAGGUCCAGACCGAGGACGAGGAGGACGAUGAAGCGGAGGAGAUAGAUCUGGAGGCCGAGGAGGAAGAAGACGAGGACGAGGAGGACGAGGACGGCGACGAGGCCGAGGAAGUAGACGAAGAAGAGGAGGAUGACGACGGCGAACCGGUCGGCGCCAGCGAAGGGGGGGCAGACACAGUACCUACCCCGCAGGAUACUACCGAGUCUAAGUAA